AUGCCACCUAAACAACAAAAACAAGCUCACAACGAAAUAAAGACGUCCGACCGCCGUAAAGGGGACGUCAAGUAUCCGCCUGUUGGUGGAGAAGAGCGCGAGAUCCGGUACUUAAAGAGCUUAAGGCAUCUAGCAGACCAGGCCGACUCCGAGGGACACGCCAACAAAUUUACCGAGUUUCUUCGUCAACGGCUGCCUACUGGGGUGCCGUUACCCAAUCUGCUCGUUGCCAAGUUACAAAAUGACGACUCUGCCCAGGCCAAUCUUAAGAAAAACAUCGAUGAGGCUUGUAGACGGUUCGAGGACAGAUUAUACCACAGAGUGAAAUCAUUACCUGCCAAGGAUGAAAGCAAUUCGUGGUUCGAUGCGAUCUUUGACAUCCUUCGUUGCAUCUUUCGCAACGUAAACAACUUCAAGCACAAGUUUAUUGCUAAGCUCUACUUCACCAUCUGCGAAUGUCGUAGAGCGUUUCCUCCAGAAUUAGUGAAGAUGUUCGAGUAUUACACUUUCCUAUUUGAACAUAUGGGGUGUAAUGAUGGAGAUGAGGAGAAGGACGGAGGUUACAUUGCACACAACCUCUCGGUGUUGAUCACUUACGUUAUUGAUGAACACCACCCUAGCAAGGAUCCUAUGUUCAAACAGUUGAGUUUGCUCGCGUUCAAAAUGGACUGUGAAGAAUUCACUUCGUUUAGGAAGUUCACCCCUGGAGAGUGGGAAGAUUUUAAGCAAUUAACACCUCCGAACAAAACCCCCGUGGCGAACCAAAAACAAGUCCGGUCAAAUUCGACGCAAUCAGCCAAGACCGACGAUGACUUACUCAAUGAUGACGACGAGUGGGCGAGUGACAUCGACGCUGAACCCGAAGACACCGACUAUAUGGCCGAGCUAGCUCGUGAGCUUCACGAUAAGUUGGUCGAUGUUUGUGACUUUCUUGAUCAGGAGGAUCGGUUACACAAUGAUAUAUCUAUCUACGAUUAUUUGUAUGACGUCCUCAGCGGGAUCAAGACGGUCCCGACUGAUAUUCUCAUUAAUCCCCGUCUGGGAAUGGUGCGUGCAGCAGGAGAGAUCCUCAAAUUUGUCGAGUCCUCAACGGAAUUGUAUGCUUACGACGAAGCAGAAGAUGACAUUGAGAGGGUCGUCUUCGAAUCAAUUGACAAGGUGUAUACGGAAGUGAUACACCGCCGUAUUGAGGAAUUGAGUCCGUUGGCGCUAUGGGGUACGAAUGAAGCGUUUGCUUACGUGCUUCUGAGAAAGGUGUUACAGGACUUUGGUGAGGAGACACCUUAUAAUCGAAAGACACAUUGGGGAGAAGUGCCGGUUCGAGGAUCAGGAAUCCUUGAGAUUACUGACAGUAAGGGCGGUGAAGUUGAAAUCGAAGCAUACUACUCGCCUCAUAACCGCAAAUUUGUGGAAAAGAUUCGGGAAGGUAAGGCAUUGUGUAUGCGGAUCAUGAGACUGAAACAGAUGCCCGCAGUCGUGCCCCAUUGGGAACUUGAGAAUGCAGGUUACUCCUUACGAGGUAAUCUCGGAAAAAACUCAAAGUACUGUGACAGCAACGGAGGUUCCAUUCAUAUUUUCGUCUCAAGAAGGGGGCAUCCUUGUAUGCCUCUUAAUGGGCUGCAGGAUAUGGAUUGUUUGAUCGAGACCUUAUCCGAGCUCAAAGAGACCCCACUUGACGUUUAUGUCGAAGAAAAUGAGAUUCCAGUUCUCCAAGAAGCCAUGGGUUUGCAUGACUGA